AUGUCCUCGGCCAAGAACCUGGUCGAGUUCCCCGACGUGGAGGCCAAGCUCCAAAAGGCCCCCAAGCAAUCCGCCUUCGAGAAGCAACGAGCCGAAGCCGAGGCGAAGAAGGCGCGCGAGGCCGCCGAGACCGCCGCCGUGUACCAGGACUUCGUCAAGAGCUUCGACCAGGACGACGACGACCACGACGCGAACAACACGACCAGUCGCUACGGCGGCUCCCUGCCCCCGCAGAGGCCGCCCAAGGGUCCCGGUUUCGCGCCGAUAGGGGGAGGAGCCGGGGCGUCGAAGCGGCACUUCGGCGCGUCCGCGCUCAAGAGCGGACCGGGGAGCUUGGGGCCUGCGCCGGGUGGUCUGAGGAGCGGUCCGGGAAGCUUGGGUCCGCCGCCGGGAUCGUUCGGACGGAAGAGGGGGUUCGACGCAUAUAAGCAGGAGAGGGAUGGUCGGCUCGGGUUCGAAGACCGGGAGGAACCGCUUUCGGUGGCAAAGGUCUUCAACAAUAGCGACGACGAGGAUGAGGGCAAGUCGGACUCGAGGGAGGAUAUGGCGGUGGCCAGGCCGACUUUGCGGCUGUCGCAGCUGCCGCCCGGCACGUCACCGGCGUUUAUCAAGUCGCUGAUACCGGCGAACCUGACGGUCGAGAACGUGAAGAUCCUGCCGCCCGUCGGACAGAUGAGCUCGGAGAGGAAGAGCGCGGUGGCCAUUGUUACGUUGUCACAGGAGACUCCGGCUACGGACAUGGAUGCGGCGGUCAGCUCGCUCCAGAAUCGCUAUCUCGGCUACGGUUUCAAUCUCUCGUUACACCGGCAUCUAUCUUCGGCCGUUGCAAACGCCACAACCUCAGCACUCAGCAGCACCUCCGCGGCGUCGCAGCCUUUCGGCGCCAAGCCCGUUGCUCAGCAAACCGCACCGGGCAACGCGGCAACACAGCAAUCCUUUCACCGGGGCUUCGCGCCACCGAGUUCUUACGGACCCAACGCUGGAUCGGUCAACAGGAGCAACCUUCUUCACGUACCCGUCAAACCGCCAAACGACAUCAAGAUGCUACAGCUCAUCAACAAGACCAUCGAGUCCGUCCUCGCGCACGGCGUCGAGUUCGAGGCUCUGCUGAUGACCCGUCCCGAGGUCCAGCGCGAGGAGAAAUGGGCCUGGAUAUGGGAUGCCCGCAGCGAGGGAGGUAUCUGGUACCGUUGGAGGUUGUGGGAGAUCAUCACCGGGUCGGAUUCACGCCGCAACAAAGGGAGAUAUCUGCCCCUUUUCGACGGCAGCCACGCCUGGAAAGCGCCGGAAAAGAGCCUACCGUUCGAGUUCGUCACCAAGAUCGACGAGUUCGUGUCCGAUUCCGAGUACAACUCGUCAGACGACGAAGACUUUGACGGCGAGAACCGCGAGGGCCAGGGAGCUGAGGCCGAGGCCACCUUCCUGAACCCACUCGACAAGGCCAAACUCACCCACCUUUUGUCACGCCUCCCGACGACGUUAUCCAAGAUCCGGAAGGGAGACAUCGCCCGAGUCACCACUUUCGCCCUGACGCACGCCAGCAGGGGCGUCGAAGAGGUCGUCGACAUGAUCGCCUCCAACAUCGAAAAGCCAUUCGCGCUCACCGCCGCGAACCCGGAAUUUCAGUCGAGCAGCAGCAAGGAGAAGACCAGACAAAGAGACGACUCUGAGGCGUCCGAGCCCGAACCGGAAGAAAAAGCCGACAAAGAGGGUCCCGACACCAGCGCGGCGAGCCUCGUGGGCCUAUACGUUGUCAGCGACAUCCUCUCCGCGUCGUCGAACAGCGGCAUCCAGCGGGCUUGGCGGUAUAGACAGCUGUUCGAGGGCGCGCUCAAGGAGCGCAAGAUCUUCGAGGGCCUCGGCCAGAUGGCCGAGAGGCUGAACUGGGGCCGCAUGCGCGCCGAGAAGUGGAAGCGGAGCGUCGGGCUCGUCCUCGGCCUCUGGGAGGGCUGGUGCGUGUUCCCGGCGGAGACGCAGGAGCUGUUCGUCGGCGGCUUCGAGAACCCGCCGCCCCUCAAGGCCCGGGCGCAGACGCAAGACAACGAGGACGACGACGCCGCUAAGAAGGCCGGCGGCAGGUGGAAGCUGGUCGAGGCCUCGACGCCCAGCGCCGACGUCACCGCCGCGGCGACGCCGGAGCUCAGGAUGUCGGAGAAGGUCACCCCCGAUAGGGACGACGACGUCGAAGGGGAGCCGAUGGACGAGGAGGAUGUUGUCGGUGAGCCCAUGGAGGACGACGACGUCGCUGGCGAGCCUAUGGAAGAUGACGUCGUCGGCGAGCCGAUGAGCGAGGAGGACGUGGAGGGCGAACCCAUGGUGGACGACGUCGAGGGUGAGCCGAUGGACGAAGACGACGCAGACAAACCGGUGAAAGAUCAGCAGGCGCCGAAGGACGCCGCCGCUGAGGGAGACGCCUCGAUGGAAGGCGCAGAGGGCACGCACACAGUCGGACGGUUGCAGUUAUCCUCCAAACCGACGGGGCAAGGCAGGAAACGGAUGAGGGCGGUGGAUAUGUUUGCCGACUCCGGGGACUCGGACGAGGGAAACUAG